AUUCCCAUCUGCCCAGCGGAGAAAAGGAAUAAGGAAAGGGGAAAGAAAGCCGUCCAAAUCUUCGGUGUUGCCAUCUCCCUCCUCGCGCGUGCUGUUCUCCUCCCUCGUUCUCUCGCUUCCCACCUCCUCUGCUUGGCUUUCUUUGCUUCUCUUCCCCUUCGCUUCCGCCACUCGGCUUCCCCCUUCGUUCUUCCUUGACGAUUUCUGUCAUCUUAAUUUUUUGACCUUUCUGCCAUUGAAGAUUUGAUUACCGCUGAAAGAACGGAUUUUGAUGACGAAAUCUCAGGGUUCGGGAAUGGGGAGGUACGCGAGGAAGGCCAAGAUCGACGGAAAGGCGGCGGUCACGGAGGCCGUUCACCAUCAACCCUCGCUCGGGGUUCACACCAGGGCCAAAACCCUGGCACUCAAGCGCCUCCAGGAGACGUCACCGGACACCGCGUCCUGCUACCUCCAGCUCCGAAGCCGCUGUCUCGAGAAGCACCUCCCCGUCCCCUCUUCCGCUAGGUCCAGGGCAGCUACCAGGAACAGGCCGAACGCUGACCCUAACCCUAAUUCUCACGCUAGCCCUAGCCGUAGCCCUAAUCACGUGAACCAGGCGGCCGGUGCGGCAGAGAGUCCGGUGAAUUCGGACUCCGUGGGGUCCGUACCAACAAAGAGUCGCUGCUUCACGAAGACAAAGCCCACGGCGUUGGCUGUUCGGGAGGUGUCGCCGGAGGUCGAUCCCGCGGAGACGGAAGGUUCCUUUGGGGAGAAUGUUCUCGACCUCGACGCCUCCAGGACUGCGAGAGAACCCACACCUUGUGAUCUGAUAAGGGACUCAGAAACCGUUGGAACACCUGGUUCAACGACUCGGCGGACCACAAGCAAGAGGCAGGCAGCAACUCCCAGUAGUAUACCAACGAACCUUGAAAUGGAGGAGCUUUUUGCUGGCCCCGAACAACUUCAACAGAGAAGUUUUGUAGAAAGGUACAACUUCGAUGUGGUGAAAGAUCAACCGCUCCCUGGCCGCUAUGAAUGGGUAAAAUUGGAUUCUUAGAUGUUCUCCAAUCACGCAAACUCACCGGUGACCUCUGCCCGAGAUUUUCCGACGAGGGUGGUCUCGUCUGCGGUGGUGGCGUGUCCCACCCUUCCUUCCGUAAGAUACAAUCUUCACCAAGAUUAGUGUUUAUUCUCUAACAGCUAGUGGCUGAUCAAAGGUCAUCAAUUUGUAGCUAUUCAAAUCGAUCGGAUCUGGGUGUCUCUUCUGUGGUUCGUGGGGGAGAUAGGUGGUUGUACCUUGGUUUGUAUCUUUAUGUAGACAAGUACUGGUGAAACUGAUCGCUCUGUGUGAAUAAACAUAGACCUGACCCCAUCUCCCCAUUGCCUUUCUGUCUCGGUAACAUUUCUGCUGCCGAGACUGGACUUGUUUGUCAUUGCCUCUGUUUCUCUUCGGUGAUCAACUCCCAAGUUCUGCUCAGGGUUUCACUGCGGUGUGGUAAUUGCUUUCUGCUGCGUGUGGUACGGACAUGGGAACAAUGUCAGUGAUGGCAAGACGUAGUCGGUCCUUUGUUUCCUAUUCUACUGUGGUAACUCCUGCGCCGGUUGGUCGCGUAGUUAAUCCACUGCAGCAGCAUAAACUAGUACGUGCUGCAUGCGCAUGAAAGAACGUUGUUUACUGGCUUUGUGAUUGGUGGAUUAAUCAAAUGGCAUUUGAUCAUUA